AUGCAGGCAGUUCAAUGUGGCUGUUGUGUGUUCGUUGACAAUAUCCGGAGAUACUUGCCCCAGGUCUCUCUCCAAGCCCAUGCUACUAUCCUCUCCUCUGCAGCUCGAACUACGUUGACGCAAACUUAUGUUAAUUCUUUCGGCUUCAUCCUUGAAGAGGCUUCCUACAAUUUUCCCCUAUACGAUGGCGUCAGUGUCGUUGGCUUCAAGUGCCGUGUUGGCACUCGCCUACUUCAUGGUACUGUGAAGUCUAAGGAGCAAGCUAACACUGACUACACACAAGCUUUUGAGAGAAAUGAGUCGGCUGCCGUCAUGGAUCAUACCUCUGAAGAUGUCUUCUCUAUUCGCCUUGGCAAUGUCCCUGCCAACGAGAAGGUGACCGUGGAGAUCACUUAUGUUGGUGACCUCAAACAGGAUGCCCAACUAGAUGGUGUUCGUUAUACACUGCCAAAUUCAGUCGCCCCUCGUUACGGAUCUCCCUCUCCAUUUUCACCCGAUUUCUCUUCUGAUAUCUCGGCUCAGCUAGACGGCAUCUCUAUCACCGCUGACAUUCUUUUGGAAAAGGGCGCUGCCAUUAGAGAGAUUCAGUCCCCCAGUCAUUCCCCCAAAGUCUCCCUCGGUAGGAUCUCCUCCACGCAACCUGAUUCUCGUGCCUUCGAGCCCUCCCAAGCUUCUGCGACUUUGCGAUUGGACAAGAACAACCAGCCCUUGCUGAAGAAAGACUUUGUUCUUGUCGUCAAGGCUGAUGGUCUUGAUAAUCCUCGGGCCUUACUGGAAUCACACCCAACUAUCUCAGGUCAGAGAGCAAUCAUGGCUACGCUGGUUCCCAAGUUCCAGCUGCCUGUCAACAAGCCAGAGAUCAUCUUCGUGAUUGACAGAAGCGGAAGCAUGAAUGACAAAAUCCCCACUCUGCGGGCGGCUCUGAGGGUGUUCCUUAAGUCGUUACCUGUUGGAGUCUGUUUCAACAUUUGCUCCUUUGGAUCCAAUCAUUCCUUUCUAUGGUCGAACAGUAUCGUGUAUGACCGUGCUAGUCUGAAGCAGGCCCUUUCUUUUGUUGAUACCAUUGAUGCUGGAAUGGGAGGCACGGAAAUCAAUCUCGCAGUUGAAGCAGCUUUCCAAAGCCGCCUCCCAGAUAAAAAUCUAGAAGUUCUUCUUCUUACCGAUGGAGAGAUAUAUAAUCAACAGCAAUUAUUUCAGCUUGUUCGAAAUUCAACCGCAGCCCAUACUGCUCGUCUCUUCGGUCUUGGCAUUGGAGACGAAGUAUCCCACUCAUUGAUCGAAGGUGUCGCCAGAGCAGGCCAAGGCUUUGCGCAGUCAGUACUCAAAGACGAGGAACUCGAUCGCUGCGUGGUAAGAAUGCUCAAGGGAGCUCUCACUCCCCACAUCUACGACUACAAGGUGGAGGUCGACUAUGAACAUGCAGUCGAGCAAGACUUUGAAGUUUUAGACAGCCCCAAACUUGACAUGUCCGAUACAGAGAUUGAGAGCAGCUCUUCAACAGCCAUGACACCUUCAGCCUCCGCUGAGCCAAUCUCACUCUUUACGGAAGGUCAUAUCGACGAGGAGACUAUUGAAGGAAGCCACGCAGCUCAGAAAGAUGCAGCACUUCCCAAUAUCUCUCCACCCAAGGUUAUUCAAGCACCCCACAACAUUCCCCCUCUUUAUCCCUUCAUCAGAUCCACAGUAUAUCUACUGUUGGACCCUGAGUCAUCUGACAAGAUUCCACGAUCACUCACGUUCAGCGCUACAUCCAAACAAGGUCCUCUGUGCUUGCGUAUUCCCAUUACCGACUUGGGCCAGGGAGAAACCAUUCACCAACUUGCCUCACGCAAAGCAGUGAUUGAACUCGAAGAACUACAUGGGUGGUUGGGUGAGUCCAAGGAUGAAAACGGCAAUCCAUUUGAUCAGCUUCACUAUGACACAAAAGAGCGAAUCGCAGCACGUGAAUGUCAGAGCUUGGGAAUCAAGUACCAAGUCACUGGCAAAUACUGCUCUUUUGUUGCGCUGGAAAAUGGUACUGAAGUACCAUCCCAGGUAAAGGAGGAAUAUGUCUCUAGUCCAGGUCAAUUUAUUUCUCAUCAAAUGGGGUCUGAGCAUAUCGACGCUUUAAUGCAACCAUGUAAGUCUCCUCCAGCAAAUACCAAUUGUCACUUACUAACCAUCGUGCCAGCUUCACAUCAUCAUUCCCAUGGCUUUAGAGGUGGUCGCGGUGGUCGUGGUGGUGGAGCACUUUUUGGUAGUUCUACCUACAUUCCCCCGCGAAGCGUGGUGUAA